AGAUGGCUGCGCCCUUGUAAUACUGCUGGCGGCCCUUGACCUAUUUUUUUCUACCUUGUCACCUGACCCCUGUGGUGGCAGGCUGAGCACGAGGACCAUGCUAGGCCGGACCCUCCGAGAAGUUUCUGCGGCACUGAAACAAGGCCAAAUUACACCAACAGAGCUCUGUCAAAAAUGUCUCUCCCUUAUCAAGAAGACCAAGUUUCUAAAUGCUUACAUUACUGUAUCAGAAGAGGUGGCCUUCCAGCAAGCUGAAGAAUCAGAGAAAAGAUAUAAGAAAGGUCAGUCACUUGGGGAUUUAGAUGGAAUUCCUAUUGCAGUAAAAGACAACUUUAGCACAUCCGGCAUUGAGACAACAUGUGCAUCAAAUAUGCUGAAAGGUUAUGUACCUCCUUAUAAUGCUACAGUAGUUCAGAAGUUGUUGGAUCAGGGAGCACUACUAAUGGGAAAAACAAAUUUAGAUGAGUUUGCUAUGGGAUCUGGAAGCACAGAUGGUGUAUUUGGACCGGUUAAAAACCCCUGGACUUACUCAAAACAAUAUAGAGAAAAGAGGAAGCAGAAGUUGCCUGGUGAGAAAGAGGACUCAGAUUGGCUGAUAACUGGAGGAAGCUCAGGUGGGAGUGCAGCUGCCGUGUCAGCAUUCACGUGCUUUGCGGCUUUAGGAUCAGACACAGGAGGAUCAACCAGAAAUCCUGCUGCCCACUGUGGGCUUGUUGGUUUCAAACCAAGCUAUGGUUUAGUUUCUCGUCAUGGUCUCAUUCCUCUGGUGAACUCGAUGGAUGUGCCAGGAGUCUUAACAAGAUGUGUGGAUGAUACAGCUAUUGUGUUGGAUGUACUGGCUGGACAUGACCCCAAAGAUUCUACCACAGUACGAGAUCCUGUUAAACCAUUCAUGCUUCCCAGUUUGACAGAUGUGAGCAAACUAUGUUUAGGAAUUCCAAAGGAAUACCUUGUACCAGAAUUAUCAAGUGAAGUACGAUCUCUUUGGUCCAAAGCUGCUGACCUCUUUGAGUCUGAGGGAGCCAAAGUAAUUGAAGUAUCUCUUCCCCACACCAGUUAUUCAAUUGUCUGCUACCAUGUAUUGUGCACAUCGGAAGUGGCAUCAAAUAUGGCAAGAUUUGAUGGACUAGAAUAUGGUCACAGAUGUGACAUUGAUGUGUCUACUGAAGCCAUGUAUGCUGCAACGAGACGAGAAGGGUUCAAUGAUGUGGUGAGAGGAAGAAUUCUCUCAGGAAACUUUUUCUUAUUAAAAGAGAACUAUGAAAAUUAUUUCCUCAAAGCACAGAAAGUGAGGCGCCUCAUUGCUAAUGAUUUUGUAAAUGUUUUUAACUCUGGAGUAAAUGUCUUGCUAACUCCCACCACCUUGAGUGAGGCAGUACCAUACUCAGAGUUUAUCAAAGAAGACAACAGGACACGAAGUGCCCAGGAUGAUAUUUUUACACAGGCUGUAAACAUGGCAGGUUUGCCAGCGGUGAGUAUCCCUGUGGCACUCUCAAAUCAAGGGUUGCCAAUAGGACUGCAGUUCAUUGGACGUGCAUUUUGUGACCAGCAGCUUCUUACAAUUGCCAAAUGGUUUGAAAAACAAGUACAGUUUCCUGUUAUUCAACUUCAAGAACUCAUGGAUGAUUGUUCACCAAUUCUUGAAAAUGAAAAGUUAGCUUCUGUUUCUCUAAAACAGUAGUGAUAAAUAUAUCAUACAAAUUAAAAUGACUUUUAGUAUACUCCAGAGAGUCAAAUGAUCUUGCUCAACUCUUGUAAUUAGGUUCAUUGUCAACACAGUCAUUCCUUGGUGUCACUUUUUAAAAUUCCUCUGAUCCAGAUAAUUAAUUGUAAAUUAUCCAUCAGCAUUUGUUAUUAAGCAUCCACUAAGUACAAAGUAUAGGAUUUCUACUAUAAGACAAGAUAUACAUUCCUGAAAAAUCAUGCUUUCUGAAAAAAUGUUCAUUAAAAAGAACAGAACUUACAGUAAAAAUAGAUUAGGGAUAAAUUUCUCAAAAUUUGUACAUUUUUGUAACUAAAGCACUAACACAAACAAUAAUUGUGCCUCCAGAGAUAACCUGGAUGGCUCAGACAGGCAACUCAUCAUGUGGUGGAGGCUGCCUCAGGGGAUCUUAAAAAUGCAAAAAAUAAUCAAAUAGGAAUACUUGCUUCUGCAUGCUGAGCAAAGCAGGUGCAAGAGGAGCUCUGAACACAGGAGGAAGUGCAAACUGCUGGGGCCCAGAAUCAUGCAAGACACUUAUUUUAUUUCUCUAAAAAUGGAGUUGAAAUGACUGACAACUUUUUUCUUUUCCUCCAUGCGGUUAAAUUCCAGAGCCCAUGCUUAGGAGCCAGAGCAACUCCAUGUUACACUGAGUUCAUUCUCCUAUUUACCAAUCACAAAUGAGCUCAUGAUGUCAUAGAAACAUUUGCUGUAACCUAACAGAGCUUAUUGGAGUGGAAACUUCGUGGAUGGUAGAGCAUGAUUGUAGCAAGAAGGUUCAAAAUACACAAGUAACAUACAAUCUGAAAAACUUGCAGAUAAUUUGAUGUGGAUGCCAAAGAGAGGAGGCCCUUGGCAGGAUCCUCCCUUACCCCAGAUUCUCUGUUCCUUAUGGUUUCUUUACCCUCUUGACUGUCUUUACAAGUAUUCUCUGUUUAGGCCCCUUGAGCACAGAGACAUUAAUGGAGAUCUGUAUUCCAUAUUUGACAAAAUAAUGGAAAUCAUACAUCAGUUCACUGUAAGGCUUCAUUGUUGGAAUUCUUUGCCUUUGCUAGAGUACCAUUGUCAUCUAAUGUUGAUCAGGCAUUCAAAUUUGUCACUUAUAUAUUGACAAAAGUAGGAAGCUGAAUUAUUUAAUAAAUUUACUUUGUUUAUAAGAAAAA